GCGUGAGCUUCAUUGAUGGCUCAAUCAGUGUCCUGGCGACACAGACACCAUCCAGGUCCUCCUCCUCCUCCUCACCAUCAUCACCAUCACCAUCCUCCUCAUCCUCAUCCUCCUCCUCCUCCUCCUGCUGCUGCUGCUCCUUCUCCUUCCUCCGAGCGGCACGUCGCAGCCAUGGUGGACUCUUCCAGCGCCAUGAAGAAAACCUUCACGGUGCCGGAGAUCAAGCCGCUGGACAAGUACGACUUUAACCGGGCCAGGAUCUGCGCCAGCGUCCGGUGGCUGCUGUCGAAAUCGUACGGCUCUGCAGAAAACGUCCCAGUGGAGCUCCGAGAGCCGUUUUACAAGGACCAGUACGACCAAGAGCAUCUCAAGCCGUCCGUCACCAAGCUGCUCCUCUCCCCAGAGAUCUACUGUCGAACUCAGGCCCUGCUGGCUCAGGGACACGGGGGCUCCACGCAGGCGUCGCAGGGGUCCCCGGCUGAUAACUCGGCCCUGCUGCAGUUCCUCACUAAGAAAGGGCUCUCCCCUAAGGUCCAGGAUGCAGACGUCACAGAGGAGGACCUCCGCAAGACCCCCAUCAACACGAAAGCACAUCUGGCCCUCAUCGAGUCGAUGAUGUCACUGUCUGCCAAGGAGACGACUGGCCAGGUCAAGAUGGCCGCGGAGGCGGAGCAGAUCGGCGUCGGGGCGCCGUGGGAGAACGCGCUGCUGUUUUGGGUCAACAAGCUGAACCAGAAGUUAAGAGAAAGCACAGAGGAGGAGGAGCUUCCUAAGUCACAAACGUGCACAGACCUGCAGCCUCUUCAAGAAACGUGUCAGUCCAACCGCUGGUACUGGAAACUAGUCCCCCAUGCUAUCGCUUUUUGUUUGAAGGAGUCGGGGAAUAAACCUCCUGUGAUUCGCUACAGAAAGGACAAAGUGCAGUCCAAGCUGACUCCUACAUUUCCUUUGGUUUCUGCGGUCAAAGAUCUGUCUAAUGGCUGCGCCAUAGCUGCUGUUCUGCACUACUACUGCCCCAGCCUACUACCUCUAGAGGAUGUUUGUCUGAAGGACACCAUGUCUGUGGCGGACAGCGUCUACAACCUGCAGCUGAUCAAGGACUUUUGUGAGAGCAACCUGCAGAGCUGCUGCCUCCUUGCUGUGGAGGACCUGCUUUAUGCUCCACCAGCUCUGCAUCUGAAUAUAAUGAGCUUCAUAGCAGAGAUGUUGGAGUGGUUUGAGGUUAAGAAGCCAGAUUUUGUCAAGCCCAUCGAACCCAUUGACCUUACAGAUGUCUCAGGAUUACUCGACUGUACAAGUCCUGUCGGUGGGAACAGCAACAGUGGUUCUCCGUCGUUCAUCUUCAAACAACCGUUUGUGCCCAUCUGCUCUCCAGUAUCUCCAGAAAACAAAAGCUGGACAAAGAAACAAAUCAGUCGUCCUCUGUCAGCAGUGACUUUCAGCAUCCCAUUCGGCCUGGACAGUGAUGUUGACAUUGUCAUGGGAAACCCAAUAGAUUCUGUCUUUCGCUCCGUCAGCACCGACAACCUCACCGGCACCCCGGCUCUGAGCUCACCGCCGGCAUCAGCAGGGAUGACUCGUGUCCCGUUCAGCCCUCCGGAGGACCUCAGCCAUCUGGUCAGCGCCUCGGCCCCGUCGCAGCGCUCCUCCUGGGUCCCCUAUGCACAAACAGCGCCGCUGGGAGAGCUGCCGACCAUCGAGGAGGCUCGGCAGGUGGUUCAUAUACCAGGCGGCAAAGACAGGAAGAAGGGAAGAACGACGGAGAAAUGUGGACGAGAGGUGUUUGUGGGCAGGCCGGAGCCCAGGCUGUGCCCAGAAGGAGCUCCUGCAGGUUUCUUUCUUCACUGCCCUGAAGAGGACAAUCCUCAGCUCAGCAGCUCGCUUCCCUGUCGCUCCGGAGUCCAGUAUCGACCCGUCAGAGGGGAUGCCGGGAACGCUGAAAGGCAAGGUAGGAGAGAGAUAUCCAGGAAGCACUCUGAUAUGUCCCGUGAUGACGACUCCGUUCUAAGAGAUGGCAGCAUUGACUCUUCAGAAGCAUCAGAUGAUGCCCCCAGAAGCGUCCCCGGGAAUAUCCGACCGUCUGGAGGCAAAGGGAAUCACAACAACAACAGUCCACGGAUGACGAGCUUUGCCGAAUGCCGAGACAACAGACGGAGACACCCCGCCACGCCCGGAGAGGAGUCACCCUCAGCUCCGACCCCAUCAACCGCAAGCACGCCCCACACCCCUUCCACACCAGUGUGCAGCCAGCAGGGGAGUCCGGGGGUCAGAGGGUCCGAGCCCGGCUCUGAAGCCUGGGAGCUGGGAGCCCGACUCGAAGAAAAACGCAAAAACAUCGAGGCCCAAAAGAGACGGAUCGAAGCUAUUUUUGCAAGGCACAGGCAGAGGCUUGGAAAAAAUGCUUUCCUCCAGCUGAAAAGAGAGCAAGGAGAGGGAGGAGUGGAGGGGCCGGAGGAGGAUGGCUUGACCCUCGAGGAGCGUCUGACCCGCAUGGAGGAGCAACUGAAAAAGGAGGAGGAGAAAGACACGGAGAAAGUUUCCAACCCCCCUCGUUUGGAGAAACAGGUCACCUUCUCCGUGGACAGUAAGAAUGGAACGGAGAAAGAGAAAGGAGCAAAGACAGGGGUGGAGAAAGGCGCAGAGAAAGGAGCAGAGAAAGCGGGAGAGGGUGUCAUCGUGGAGUACAAUGAAGUGGUGCAGAAGCUGAGUGAAGCCCUGCAGUCGCUCCAAAAGGACAUGCAGAAACUAACGGAACAGCAGCAGCAGCUCAUGAGCAACCAAAGACCCAGAAAUACACCCAAAACCGCCCCAAGAAGCAACUGCAAAACCCCUCCUCACACCCCGACAAAGACACCCCCCAGAACCCCGACUCCAUCUAGGAGCGCUACUAAGGCUUGGGUUAUCCCUGCUGCUUCCAACCCCCCUGUCUCUUCUUCCCCUUCCCGCCGCGCCCACCUCCCUCCUUCCUCAUCCACCUCCCCCAAAGUGAUCAUCUCCAGUUCGUGCCCAGCUCCUCGAACUAAACUCCACUCCUCAUCCUCCCCCCGCAGUCCCAAACACAGCACCCGCACCCACCACCAGCCCCACCCACGGCCCUCUGAGCUCAAAUUCCCUCCGCUGAACCGCGUCUUGACACCAACCCAGAACGUGGACACCAUCCCGCACCUGCGCCGCGUCUCUCCCAGCAAGUGUCAGGUCCAGACUUCGUCUUCCUUCCGCAUCGGCGGACCUCGGACCCCUCAGGAGGGUCCUCAGCCCACCCAGCAGCCGCCACCCGACGAGAGCACCUCAGACACGGGGUCGAGCGAGACGCCCACCCAGUUCAGCCUGGAGUUGGAGCAGGAGGAUGCAGAGUCAGUCGGAGAGCUGCCGGUCUUGCCUCAGUUCAGACAAGAAAGGCCCAGGGCGGCCGGGGGCAGCAGCUCCAGUGCUCCUUCUGAGUGUUCGUUUGAAAGCGACACUCUGUCCCUCUCUGCUGCGUACAGCGCAGGAGGCGAAGGAGAAAGAGGCGAAGGUCCUAGGCAGCCCUGCAGCUUGAUUGAGGUGUCGCCGUCAUCUGUCGGAGGGCCAGAGGGGGCCAGCGAUGAACCAACUGAUGAGGGCCAUGAGUUUUCCUCUGAUUCCAUGAGUGACCACACAGAAUCUGCCGCCGAGGCUGCAGGAGGACCAGUUCAUCAACAGCAGGAUCCGCUAAAUCCACUUAAUCAAGCCACAGAGGGCAGCGACGGGCCAGAAGCCCAGACCGAACCACCAGAAGAGCACACUGGGCUCAUUGUGACAGCAGAGCCGAGCGGGGGGAAGAACGAGACUGGAACAAGGGGAGGAAUCGGAUUCUUCUUUAAGGAGGAUGUGCACAGUGAAGGGGAGAUGGCUCAGCGUAGAGCUUUGCUGUUAGAAAGACAGCAGAAGAGAACAGAGGAGCUGAGGAGGAGGAGACAAUGGCAUGAGCAAGAGAGAGAAAGAAGACCAGCAUCCUCUGAAAGGAGAACGGCAUCGCCUUCCAACACGCCUCCAGCGGUCACGACCUCACCUUCGCCCACCCCUCCUGCAACCCCAGCUCGGCGCGACGAUUUUACACGAGGGGAGUAUGAACGACGACACCAGCUAAGAAUCAUGGAAGACCUGGACAAAGUCCUGAAGCAGAAAACAAGCAAUCAUCCAGGCCGCACGUCUGCUAAGAAUACCCGCUCAAGGCCUCGCAGCAUGACCAGGGAAGAAACCAAGCUGUCUCUCAGUCCCGCCAAAGGAGCAACUGGCUCUAAGCUGACGAAGGUCUACUCACACUCGUCACUAAACCUUGCAGCCACAGAGGAGCCUGGAAACAAUGGCGACUCCACAAAGAGACCCCAAAGCCGUCAUGAUUCGCCUUCGCGAUGCGUGACUCCAAGCAGACCGAUAAACCAGAACGGAGACAAAGACUGGGAGACCGGUUCCAGUGGGACCUCACCCGCCCCGGAGUACACAGGCCCAAAACUCUUUAAAGAGCCAAGCUUAAAGUCCAAUAAAUUCAUUAUUCACAACGCCUUGUCACGCUGCUGCCUGGCUGGGAAGGUGAACGAGACACAGAAGAACAAGAUAGUCGAGGAAAUGGAGAAGAGCUCUGCCAACCACUUCCUCAUCCUCUUCCGCGACACCAACUGUCAGUUCAGAGGCGUUUACACCAUGAACCCCGACACGCAGGAGCUGGUGCGGCUGGCGGGGGUGGGCCCGCGGUCGGUAGGCUCCGGCCAGGUGGAGGCCAUCUUCAAAUACAGCUCCGACAGGAAGCAGUUCAGCACCAUCCCGUCCAAAACCAUGGGGAUGAGCGUCGACGCCUUCACCAUCCCCAGUCAGCUUUGGCAGGGAGGAGGUGGAGGAGGAGCGGCGGGUGGCGGCAGCAGCAGGAGAGCAAGUGUCACGAAGAAGGUGGCCGUCUCCAAGUGAGGAGGAGUGUAAUUAGAAUGUUAUUACAGUGAAAAAGCUAUUCAGACACAUAGCGAUGUUAUUUAUGUGCACACAGGUGGGUCCUCUUGUGUGUAAUCUCUUUCCCCUUAGAUUCCCUUUUAGAAUUACAAAAAAAAAAAAAACACAUUUCUAUUCCCUCAACAUCUCUGAAAGUGUCCACGGUGUAACUUUAAUAGAAUAGCUACUCAUCCCGAAAAAGAGGAAACGGGGGCGUUUCUUUUUAGAAUGUUGCCAAUUUACUGCACCCGUUAAUUGUUUGAAGUUCAAACUCCAGCUUUUCUGUUAAAGAAAAUCCAACAAUUUUGAUUUGCACUUUGGAAAACCUUUUGAUAGGCCGGAAAGUUCCUGUUUCUCUCAGCCUCAGCCAAACGGCAGAGAAAAUGCCUUCAGGUCAGAUCGACUGACUGGACUUUGAUUUUUUUUUUUUUUUAUUGUUAACUCUCCCAGUACCUGUUACUAUGUGGAUGAAAGCACAUUUGAUAGCCAUAAACGUGUGAUGCACAGAUGAACUUUGUCCGACUUCAAGAAGAGUUUGUUUGGAUGUUAUUUAUAAACCCGGCAGUUUUCAGACAUGAUAACUGCAGCAUGAAUGGUUCUUUUACUCUAUGUUGUGAAAUAAUAUCACAAUGUAAACGUGCGAUCUAAUGAAACCGAUAACGUUUGAGCAUUAGAUGCUGAUUUAAAACCUGUUUUUGUACAACACACUUUCAGCAUAGGCUAACGCCAAAUGAUGUGCGAGAGGAGCCUGGACUGUCUCAGGUGGAGAUGAGUGCUGUUUAACCAAUAAAUAAAUGCAAAGUUCAAUUUCUGUGAA